AGAGGGGCUUCAUUCUCAGCCCAAAGCUUCGCUCAGGCACAGCCCAUUCUGGAGGAGAGGGGGACGCACUGCUCUGUACUUCGCCGUGUCCAUGUUGUUGUCAUCUCCGCCCCUAUCUGAUUAAACUACAGAGCCCGCCUGUGCUCCACGCCGUCAGAGGAGAGGGAUUUUCCGGCCGCAGAUUCCCGAGCGGACCCGUGGAGACUCAGCUAAACUUUUGUUUUCCUCAUGAUGUCCUUUAAACACAAACAGUGACCCGGUUUGAGUCAAUGUUACUGCGACUAGUGCGCUCUGCACACGCGUGGGUCAUGCUCUGCACCUGACAGCCCUUCUGCAAGACUUUUGAGUUUAGACUUGAACAGGAGGAAAACUUAGCAUCGCCCCAAGAAGUUGUCCACUGCUGCGGACUCUUCGCACACGGACUGUUGUACACCAAAUUAUAUAGGCUAUCCUUGUUUUUUUUUUUACCGCUUCAAAGCUCCAUCACCGAGGCGAAACGGCGACCUCAGUCGAUUACCUUUCUUUCCUUUGCUAUCCCAUGGAUAUUCACUGCAAAGCGGACCCCUUCUCGGCGAUGCACCGGCACGGCGGUGUGAACCAGCUCGGCGGGGUGUUUGUGAACGGCAGACCCCUCCCGGACGUGGUGAGGCAGCGGAUCGUGGAGCUGGCCCACCAGGGCGUCCGGCCCUGCGACAUCUCCAGACAGCUACGGGUCAGUCACGGCUGUGUCAGCAAAAUCCUCGGCAGGUACUACGAAACCGGCAGUAUUAAACCCGGAGUCAUUGGUGGCUCCAAACCAAAGGUUGCAACUCCGAAAGUGGUGGAUAAAAUUGCUGACUAUAAGCGCCAGAAUCCAACCAUGUUCGCUUGGGAGAUAAGGGACCGACUACUGGCUGAGGGCGUCUGCGACAACGACACUGUCCCCAGCGUUUCAUCCAUCAACAGGAUUAUUCGCACCAAAGUCCAGCAGCAAUUCCACCCGUCCCCUGACGGAUCUGUUACACCGCUCUCCACGCCCGGCCACACCAUAGUGCCCAGCACCGCCUCGCCCCCUGUGACCAGCGCCUCCAACGAUCCCGUAGGAUCCUACUCCAUCAACGGCAUUCUGGGUAUCCCCCGCUCCAACGGCGAGAAGAGGAAACGAGACGAUGUUCUCUGGAGUGGCAACCACUUGGAUGGAAGGAAAAUAGGACAUUAUGGCUCAGAUGGCUCAGGCCCGGGCAGCGACUCUCAGGGCAGCGUGGAGAGUUUAAGGAAGCACCUGCGAGCAGAUGCCUUCACCCAGCAGCAGCUGGAGGCCCUGGACCGUGUGUUUGAACGUCCUUCUUACCCUGAUGUCUUCCCCACUUCAGAACACAUCAAACCUGAACAGGCGAAUGAGUACUCACUCCCAUCCCUGAACGCAGGCCUGGAUGAUGUGAAGCCAAGCCUUUCCACCAGCGCCAGCUCCGACCUCGCCUCCAGUGUCUCCCAGAGCUACUCUGUUGUGACAGACUCUCACCCAUCAUAUCCACCUUCCAUGUGUGUAAAGCGAGAGCCCCAUGAGGCAUCCUUUGCCCCCUUCACCCCCUCCUCUGUUGAAGACUCUACUCUAGCUGACAUCUUGUCCCACCAGUCCAGCCUCUCUGUAGAUGCCUCUACUCCCAGCUACCCUGCCCAUGCCCACGGCCACUGCUACAGCCAGUAUGCCAGCCAGCCCUUUAUAGCAGGUCGAGACAUGGCCAGUACCACUUUACCUGGCUACCCGCCUCAUGUCCCCCCCACAGGACAAGGCAGCUACCCCACCUCCACACUCGCUGGAAUGGUUCCUGGAGGGGACUUUUCUGGAAACCCUUACUCUCAUCCACAGUACACCACUUACAACGAAGCAUGGCGGUUCAGCAAUCCAGCAUUACUAAGUUCCCCUUAUUAUUAUAGUGCCGCAUCCCGUGGCUCCGCACCUCCCACUGCUGCCACUGCCUACGACCGCCACUAGUUACUAUGGAGACCAGUUCAAACUGCAGGGCCAGGGCUUCGGCCUCCAUAUUGUCCCCGUCUAAGAAACACUGAGGUCAAAGGGAAGCAAGGGGGAAUCCUAAAGGAAACCCUGUGAUGUUACGUGAUGUGGAGGAAGGAUCGGCGAGGUCGACGCCGGUGCAUCUAGCCCAGCUUCAGCGUCACAAACUUUGGGUCAAAAGGGCUCGUGGGCGUUCAGAACUCACCCAUCAUGCCCUCAAUCUCUCACAGGCCCGAACAUUUCCAGAAUGACUUUAAGAGAUUAUAUAAAUAUAUAUAUAUAUAUAUAUAUAUAUAUAUUAUAAAAUAUAAAUUGAAGAAAAACAGUGUGAAGAAUACCAUGUGGAAAACAAUGUUGUGGGUUUUUAUUUUUGUUUUUUUGUUGCUGUUGUUGUUGUUAUUUUAUUCAUGGAUCCUCACAUUGCUUUUUUGUGAUGAACUGCAGUAUUGUUCUGCUCUAGAGAGAUAAGGUCCAGGGGAGAUGACAAUGGUCCCAUAGCUUGAUGAUGCAGCGACUUGAACCAGUGUUGCUAGGCAUCUUUGACACUUGUGGCUCCACACUGUAGGGAGGGCUUUGCUCUGGUGCUUUGACUACAUCUUCUGCUCCCAUUUCUCUUGUCCCACGUACAUUAUCAGAUAAACACAGCAUGUCCUACAACGUUUACUGACCCUACAUAAACCAAUGGCAACAUCACACUCCCUGUGGCAAACAAUCAGAUGUAAAAAUGUAAAUCAUUUUGCAAAGUAUUAAAAACAUGGUGACCACAAAAUGGCCUCGCCAGAAUUUUAAAUACUUUAAAUUAUUUUUUUUCGUCACUAUUUUUUAAUGUAAAAAGGUUAUCAAAGAUUCUUUCAGAGUAGUUGUCACAUUUCCCUAAUUUCCCAGUCAUGUCCAUGUCCAUGCAUGAUCAUCCUUUGCUCUUUUUUUGCACUAUAACCGCAGCUUUGUUAAUUUAUUUGGUACAUUCACUUAAAAUUAAUUUGAAUUAACCUACCAAUUUUAGACAUAAGUUGAUACUUUAUGUUGGAAAGUGUAGGCGUUAAAAACACAAAGCAGGCAGACAGACAGACAGACAGACAGACAGACAGACAGACAGACAUGUUUUUGUGAAAACAUCCUUUUCUGAGUAAAAGCGAUGCUUUCGAGUUUCUGAGGAGUUUGUAAGCCAUAGCCCUAUGGCUACAUGAACAAAUUCAAUUCUCCUGGGUUAUAAUCCAUUCAGCUACUUAGUCAUACCACUAGAUGCCUACACAGUUUAGAAAGCUGUAUGCAGUUGAGCGAACCAACUGUAAAUUAGCUUCAACAAUUGCCUUACAAACCUGUUUUUUUUAAAUGUAAAUUCAUGCCUGUUCAACAAAAUUAAUUGCCUUUGCAAACACAUAUUCACCUCCCUCCUUGAUUUAUGUUCUACUCUCCAUUGGGACUGAAAAGAAAUACUGAUUCAGUUUGCUUUUUGGAAAAAAUAUUUUGUGAAUGUACUUUUAACUACAUUUGCCAAAGACUUAGUUUGAUAUUUAAUAUUUUAUUUACAGUAUAUGUAUGCAUAAAUAAAUCAGUAUUAUCUUUUAAAUAAGUAGUCAACACUGAACAUGUAUGUCGUAACUCAACAGGCGAACAACAUGAUGCAUAUGACUGUAAUGAAAAAGGUGAAAUUCAAUGACUCAAUACUCCAUCAGUUGCAACAAAAUGCUGCUUUGUAGAAUGAUUUGUGAAUAACGUGAAGACAAUUCUUCUCUGUAAAUAUUAUCACACACACCAUUCCAGGAUCAUACUAAUGUACUGGCUCCCUUUGUAGAUAUACAGACUGAAAAAAAAACAUGCAUUACAUUUGUGUGUUAAUGUAAUGUUGUGCUAUGAGGAAAAGCACAACCACUAUAUAACCUGUGGCUACAUAUACUGUAGUAGCAGGUUUCAGAUGCUAACAUCACAUAGGUUGUCUUUGUCAUUUUAUUUUGUUUUCAUGAUAAUGUCAUGAUAAUGUUUUAUGUCACUAUGCAAUGAGUUAAAUGGCUUUCUGUAACAUCUUUUGUUGUUGGGCUCAGAUUAAGUAAUCCCCAUGGAGAACAGCAUAAAAGUUAACAAGUAAAAAGACCUCCGGUGUGAAAUGGUUUCUUUCUCAUUUCACUUUUGCUCCACCAAUUCCCUUAAAUAAAGAUGCGAUCAAACUGAAGUCCUUGGCAACAAUCAAAGAUAUUGUCCUGUUUGCUGUUAGUAGAUGUUGUGAUCAUUAUGUUAAUCCAAAUUACAGUAAUCUGUGCCUCCAUGUAUAGAAACACAUCCACACUUAUUACCAUCAUCCAUCUCUCCUCCCUCCCUCCACUCACUCUACCAACACAACUCUUUAGGGCAGGGCAUCCGAGAUGAAAUUUAGCUGUUGUUGCUGAGGGCACCGGAUAACGUAGAAACAGACUGUGUUUCUACUCUUCUGGAGAAGCUAUCCUCUACAUAUUGCACUUGGGAUUUGCCUAUUUCUGUCUAUGUGUAGUUCGACAUAUCUGAAAAUGAAACACUGGCAGUGCAAGCCACCGUCAUUCAGGUGGAGUCUUUGCUUUAGGAAGCGGAGCACCUCUGAAGGAAUGGGUCUUCUGCUGUUGUAAAGAUGAUACAGGAGAUGUGUCAUGGACAUAAAAAGGAUUUCUGGUGAAAAUCUAUACGGAAAGCCUUGUGGCCUCAAUCAUUGUUCUGUUUCAGUUCUGUUCCAAUUAUUUUU